AUGUAUGACACUAGACAGACGUACUUUGAUAAAGAUUCAUCCCUUCAUAAUAUCAGCAAUCUUAGUGAUAAAAAGGAUUAUCAUUUUUAUCAAAGAGAUCUUUUAGCAGAGUUAAAUCAUAGUUAAUAAAGAUUAACUGUUUAAGAAUUGGAAAAUAAAGUUGUGAUGUUAGCUACUGAAAAUGAACGGUUAUUGUCAUAAUUAAAUGAUAAAAAUAGAGAAAUUGAAUUGUUACAAGAAGAAUAAAGGAUGCUUUAGAAUGCUUAUUAAUCAUAAAAAGAUGAGAGAUAUAGAGCAAUUGAAAAUAGAACUACAAAAAUGAUAUAUGAAAAUGAGAAAGUAGUUUUAAUGAAUUAGAGUUUACAAAUCUAAUUAGAAGAACUGUCUUAUCAGUAUGAAUCAUUGCAAAAAAAGUUUUAAGUAGAAACUGAAAUUAUUGAAUAAAAAUGGAAAGCCCAUUAUGGAGAAUUGUUUGAAUAGUAAAACAAGAAUCUAACAGCAAAUAUUGAGAAGCUUCUGACUGAAUUAAAAUAGAAUUCUGAUCUUAUUUCAUCAUACGAAGAUAAAUUGAAGAGUUGCUCCAAGGAAUUAUAAAUGGCAAAGGAAUAACUUGAUUAUAAAGAUAAAAAAGGGAAUGAGUUACUUAAUAAUAAUCAACAAAUCAGUAAUAUUAUUGAAUAGUAAGAUGCGGUUAUAAAAAAGAAUACUGAAAAGAUUCAAUAAUUACAAAUGUAAUUAGAACAAUAAGUCAAUGAAAAUAGAUAAUCAAAACAGAAAUUGAUCCAUUAAGAAAAAGAUAUAGAGAGUAGAAGGAUUAAGUAUGAAGAACUGAUAAUUUAAUUUGAAGAAUUAAAAUUAUUGGAAAAAGAAGAAAGAUUAUAAUUAGAAAAAAAUGAUUAAGAAUUCCAACAAUAUAAGCAUGAAAUAAAUUAGAUGAAAUCCAACUUAAAUGAGUUGAAUAGAAAUCAUAAAUUAUAACAAUAAGAAAAUCAACAUAAUUAUAAUAAAGAAAUCAAUCAUCUUAAAAAGUAAAUGUAGUAAGUGAUUAUGGAAAAUGAGGAUUUAUAAAAGCUACUUACUUAAACUAGAUAAAAUUUAAAUCAUGAAAUUACUAAAACCAAUAACCUAGAAAAGUAAAUAGCAGACAAUGCACAAGAAAUCUAAACUAAGGAAUAGCAAUUACUAAUGUAAUAUAAAGAAUUGGAAGCCUAAAAAUUAAAAUUCGAUAAACUAUUCCAAGAAAAUACAUCCUACUUAAAAUAAUAAUAAAACCAAUUUGAUAUCAAAUUGCUAUAAAAUUAACAAUAAAAUAAAUUAUAAACAGAACAAAUUGUAUAGUAAAAGAAUAAAGAAAUAAAUAAUCUCAAUGAAAAAGUCAAUGUCUUAUUACAGAAAAUAGAUGAAUAGACGUCCUACAUCUAAUAAUUAGCCUACCAAAGUAAUAUUAAAGGGGAGGAAAUUGAAGAAACUAGACCAUAAAUACAAAGUCUAAGAAAUGAAUUACACAGGCUUUAAUAACUUACAGUAGAAUAGAGUAAUGAGAUAGACAAUUGGAAACUGAAGACGAUACGCAUGGAGGAAAAUUAUGAAAUGUAGAAUAAAGAUCAACUUGAGAAGUUGUAAAGAUUUCAAGAUGAAAUACAAUAACUAUAAACUAAAUUACAUAAAACAUAAGAAGAAAAUAUUAAAGUAAACAAUAAUUUAUAGGAAACUUUAUCUAAUUUAAAUCAAAUACAAUAAUUAUUAUCAGAGACUCAUUAAUAAUUGAAAUUUGCAGAAAAUAAAAUAGAAAUUUAAUCUCAAGAAUUGGUUGAAACUAUUCAACUUAGGGAAUAAUUAAAUUUACUUAAAGAAAAACAUCAAAAAGAGAUUGAAGCCUUAAAAAAGGCAGUAGAUUCAAGUUUGAAAGUUAAAAUUGAAAAGGAGAUUGCUUAGGAAAGAGAAAAACUUGAAAACUAUUCUUAAUAGAUAACAUUAGAAAAAAGAGGCUUAGAAAAUGUUAUUUAGAAUUUAAAUACCGAAAAUCAGUUGUUGAAAACUGAAAUAAUGCAAUAAUAAGAAUAUUUUAAACUACAAGUUUAAGAUCUUAUUGUAGAUUAGUAAAAGCAUUUGAUAAAUAUCGAUCAUGUUUAUAAAUUAGAAUUAAAAGGUUUAUCUGAAGCCUAGUAAAUUUAGUAUAAUUAGUUUGUUGUCUAAUUGCAUUCAUAAAUUGCAACAUUAAUAGAAGAGAAUAAAAAUUUAAAGGAAUAAUCUUAAUCAUGGUAAUAAUAGCUCAAAAAAUCUGAAAAGUAAAGUUCUAAACUAAUUACCGAGAUGGAGUGCCGUGUAUAAUCUUUAAAAAAAGAUAACAGUAGACUAAUAGAUGAGAAAUGUUAUGAAAAAUCCAAGAACACAUUUCUCGAGACUUAAAUAAAGCGUUCCACUCCUGUUCGAGAAGUUCGGUCAUCUUCAACUUAUGUUGUUGGAACUCCAAAAAGGAAUAGGUACGGUCGAUAGUCAGUUCUAAGGGAAAUAGAUUUAAUUAAUCAUUACUAUUGA